GUGUUUGUUACAAGCGCGGUAGCGACAGAAGUAAGAAAUCUGGAUUGUUAAAGCUGUAGAAAUAAUCUGAAGGGACACUAAAGUUUUCCGAAAAUGGAGAUAUUCUUGAUUUUUUAUAUUCAUACAAUUAUAUAUAAUAGCCGAUUCUCUUAAAACAAAAUUUAAAGCAUUAGGUUGACAAAGAUCCAUUUUGUAAGGAUUUAAGCGACACAGUUCGAGAAGCAACAACGACCAUGAGCGAAGCGACUAACACCGAUCCACAAGAAGCUUCUACUGGUUCCACAAGGCCAAAGGAAUGCCUAGAUCUCAAAAAGGUACACUCAGCAAAUAGCUGGGAAAAGGUAGAACUGGGAGAUGAUGACCGUAAGAAGAAAUUCCUUAGACUUAUGGGAGCAGCAAAGCCUAAGACCCAGCACCAAGGCAGAUUUGUUAUUGGAGAUCAAGAUAAAUCUCAUGGAAGAACAAUGAAUGACACAGAUGCCAUGACAAGCAAUCUAGAGAAGCAGUUCACAGAUGGUUUGGAACAUAAAUUUGCAGCAGGACCAAGAGCUCACAUAGGACUUGGAUUUCAUGGUGGUGAUACCAAAGAGAAAGAUUCUGCCGAAAAGUGUGAAGAUAAAGGAGAGACAAAAGAAGAGGUCAAACCAGUUUCAUCUGAAGCAAGAACGGAAGAAAAAGGGAGACAGGACGCGAAAAGUGACAUUGCUCCAAAACAUAAACUGGAGGAAAGCUCCAACAACACUGAUCCAGACAAACCACAAAUCAAAAUGAUGAAAUUUGUCAAAUCUAGUUCCUGAAAGUCUAAAAUUCAAACUUUUACAUUUUGAUUGUAGCAGCAUAUGAAACUUACAGCAAUUUAACAUGCAUGUUUAUAUAAUGUUUUCAUUUCCACAAUGAUGUUCAUUUGGUUAUUCUGAUAAGACGUGAACUGUAUUUCAGUGUUUUGUUAGUCUUGACAGUAAAAUGGUUGUAUCUAUGGUUUGUUCAAAAUAUUUCUUACGAAAUUGAAUCUCAGACAUUUGAUUAUUUCAUUUUGUGCUAGUGGUAACGAAAUGUUGUAAAAUAAUAUUUCCAUUUCCAUAUACAUUUCCUCUGAAAAAACUUAUCAACUUAAGAUGUUGUUAUUAAUUACCAGUUGGAACUAUUAGAUUAGAAUGGAUUUGAGUUUGAGGAUGUUCAGAUAUUUCUCUCCUACUAUUACUGUCUAGCAGGAUCAAUCCUUUGUGAAUUAUAUUAUAAAAUAGACAGAUUUUCUCCAAUGGUUUCCGCUUCAUGUUCAUUUGUUAAAACAGUUUGUUUAAAAAGUAUUAAGAACCAAACAAAUCAGACUGAUGAGAUAUAAUUUUCUUUAUUGCAUUUAACAUAAAUAGAAAGAAUGAAAUCCAUAUUCUAAAAUUUAAAUAUGGUAUGAAACCCAGCAGUGUAGAAAUCAUCUCCAACAUGAGUUACCUCCCAUCCUGGAACAUGUAUGUAAGUAGCUGUAUGCAUAUAUAUGUCAUAUCAUUAUAAAUGUUAAGAACAUGUAUUUUAGUUUAUUACAUACUUACUGAUAAAUACGUUUUUUUUGUAUAUGCGACACGAUACAAUUGCUCUAACCCAUAUCAG